AUGGAAACCCUGCGAAGUCGUGGGGGGGCGUCACGUGAUACGGAGGCGCGAGGCGCUGACAUAUUCGACCGCUUCUUAAGGCUCCACCCACCGAUUUUCAGAGGAGUACCUGACCCGGUUCAGGCUAAACAUUGGUUGGCAAGGAUUGCCAAGAUGAUGGGGCCGCUGGAAUGCUCUGAUGCUCAAACGGUUAGCUGGGCCACAACAAAGUUCCUAGAGAAGUAUUUUCCACGGUCAUGUCGAAGCGAGAAGAUCGCACAAUUCUUGAAAUUUAAACAAGGAAGCCUGACGGUCGCCCAGUAUAAGGCGAGGUUUGACGAGCUAUCCCAAUAUGUACCCGAAGCCCUCGAGGACAAGGAGUAUAAAUUAGAGAAGUUUAAGGAGGGACUGAAGCCCGGGAUACAAUCUCGGCUAUGCACUUGGGAUUUCGGGGACUUCCCGAAAUUGGUAGACAAGGCAAUACGCGUAGAAAAAGAUUUUGAGAGCACCAUCUGCUCCCGCCAACCGGCUCGAGACGCCCUGUUUCGACCAAGGCAGCCUCCUCUUGCCUCGCCUGUUUCAGCAGGGAGGUCUGGACCACUGUUUGCACGAGCACCACCUUUACCUCCAGGCGGUGGCUGCGGUUACUGCAGGAAGGAGAACCACAAUUCUCGAAACUGCUUCAAGAGGCUGCGAGAUCAGGGCCUUCCGCCUCGGGUAAAUCGACCCUUGCAGAACCAGACGGCAACGAGGGUAGCGCCCAGGCCUCAACAGCCCAGACAGGCUCCCCCAGCACGAGUAUAUGUGGUAGCUACCAUAGAGGCCAAACAGGACCCCCUUCAGACCAUUCAUGGCACCGCCCACAUUAACGGCACCCCUGUACUCACUUUAUUUGAUUCUGGUACAACUCUAUCUUUCAUUGAUUCUGCUAUUGCGUCUAGAUUAGAACUGAACACAACUUAG